AUGGCGACGACCUCCGAGGCAAAUGCGCUGGGUUAUAACCUCCAGGUGGACUAUGUCGUGUGCUACAGCUUCGGUGACGUCGGCCGAUCGCAAGCUGUAGAACAGCUCGAGAAGCUGCUCCAGGCACUUUCUGACGUCGGCUUGCAAACGGAGAUCCGUCAGGGCGAUGAAUCAUCUCUUCUGAUUUUCGUGCGAGCUUCCAAGAAGCGACUCAGGCGGGCGGUCAAACUCUUCACGACGCCUGACCCCCCAGCCCAAAAGUUAACCGAUGAUCUUCCUUUCGGUAGUGUUCGUGACUGGUUAUAUGGAAUCCGCAAUGCCGAACCCGAACCCGCCAGUGCGAUCGAGCCCCAAACAGAAGCGGAACGACUCCGAGUCAUCUACCACAUGAUCACCCUCCCCGCGCAGGAGGGCGGUGCCGGGAUCACCCCGAAUCACGGAGAAUGGGAGAAGAUCACUGCGGUCUUCCCCCUCCACGACGAGGAGACAAACAAGAAAUGGAUACGGGAGUGGAGCAAGAAGACCUUUCUCUCCGACGACGAUCUGGACCAGAUUCGCAACAAAUUUGGAGAAAGCGUUGGCUUCUACUUUUCCUUCUUGCAGUCAUAUUUCCGGUUUUUGAUCUUUCCCGCGGUGUUUGGCUUUUCGUGCUGGUUCUUCCUCGGUGGGUAUUCCGUUGUCUAUACGGUAGUAAACAGCCUGUGGUGUAUCAUCUUUGUCGAAUACUGGAAACGCCAGGAAGUCGAUCUCGGUUGCCGGUGGCAAACGAAAGGUGUCUCCGCGGUACAGACGAAACGGCGCGAGUUUAAGCCUGAGAAGGAGGUGCGCGAUGAUAGCACUGGUGAAAUGCGCGGAGUAUUUUCCGCCACGACGCGGAUGCAACGGCAGCUUCUUCAGAUCCCAUUUGCUCUGCUGGCCGCAAUUGCGCUCGGUGCGAUCAUUGCGACCUGUUUUGCGAUUGAGAUUUUCAUCUCGGAGCUCUACAAUGGUCCUUUGAAGACCUAUCUGAUCUUCAUUCCCACCAUCCUAGUGUCCGCCCUGGUUCCGACCAUGAGUGCGGUGCUGAUGUCCAUUGCGACCAAGCUCAAUGAUUACGAAAACCACGAAACCAGCGAUGGUUACGAUGUGGCGCUGACCCAGAAAGUAUUCGUCAUCAAUUUCAUCACCUCUUACCUGCCAAUCUUUUUGACGGCUUUUGUCUAUGUUCCAUUUGCGAGUCGGAUCGUGCCAUAUCUCGAUGUGUUCCACUUGAGCGUGCGGCCCUUCGUCUCCAAAGAACAUGCGUCGGCGAAACGGUCGCACUUUCAGAUCGAUCCUGCACGCCUCCGCAAUCAGGUCAUCUAUUUCACGGUGACGGCCCAGAUCGUCGGGUUUGCCAUGGAAACGAUUGUGCCGUAUCUGAAGCAACACGCAUUCCGAAAGUACAAGGCUUUCAACAAGAAGCGCAAUGGGAAGCUCCAGGGGAAUGGAGACAAAGAAUCCCCCGAAAGGAAACCCGUCGUGAUCGAUAACGACCCGGUCGAGGAGAAGGAGUUCCUGGCUCGCGUCCGGAAUGAAGUCGAGCUGGCCGAAUACGAGGUGACUGAUGACCUUCGCGAGAUGUGCAUCCAAUUCGGAUAUCUAGCGCUGUUCUCACCAACGUGGCCUCUGGUCCCGGUCUCAUUCUUUGUCAACAACUGGGUCGAGCUGCGCUCCGACUUCUUCAAAAUAUGCAUGGAAUUCCGCCGCCCAACACCAAUCCGAGUAGAUACCAUUGGCCCUUGGCUCGACACCCUCGGUUUCCUCUCCUGGGUGGGCAGCAUUACGAGUGCGGCCUUGAUCUACAUGUUCAGUGGCAACUCGCAGCACGGUCCAAAUGGCGAGCCAACCGACAUCGCGGGCUGGGCCCUUCUGCUGACCAUUUUCUUCUCCGAGCACCUCUACCUCAUUCGGGCCGCACGUUACUUGAUGCGCAAACGAUACCUCGACUCGACUCUUCGCGCUGAGGCGAGUGAUGACCAAGAGGAGGACGAUGGCAUCUCAGCCUCGGGCCCGUCCGAGAUUUCACGCCGUGCUCUCGAGGAUGAUGCACGGCAGUCAGCCUCACACAGCACCGAUCCCGCCGAGCGAUUUUGGAUGCGUCAGCGCGGUUGGCAGGAGUCGGCGCAGAUCGGCGCAAGAAUCAUCCAGUCGCAGCCUAGUUCUGACGACAGCAAGAAGCAGCAGUAG